CAAAUGGCAGCUAUUAGAAUCCGCUAGCUAUAAUCUCAGUCACCUAAAUGCUCAGUAAAUCAACUCGUUGGGGAUUAGCUAACAUCCCAGAAAGGAUGCAUUUCUUGCGGCUGUAAUUCCGAAAAAGGGGAGAAGAGGAAAAGAAGAUAAAGUCUAAACCAAGAUUGUUUAAAAAAAAAUCAGAAUUGUUGGCCUCACUGGAACUCUCCCAUGAUGCCUGAGGUUCGGGAACUUUCAGACGCACUGCCGGAGUUGCCCAUGGACCCCAUCACUGGCGUGGGGGUGGUGGCCUCGCGAAACAGAGCGCCUACUGGCUAUGAUGUGGUCUCCCAAACAACAGAUGGCCUUGACGCUGACUUGUGGAAAGACGGCCUGUUCAAAUCCAAGGUGACGCGCUACCUCUGUUUCACCAGGGUCUUCUCUAAAGAAAACAGUCAUUUAGGUAAUGUGCUGGUGGACAUGAAGCUUAUCGACAUCAAGGACACUCUGCCUGUAGGUUUUAUUCCCAUCCAGGAGACGGUGGACACACAGGAGCAGGCCUUCCGGAAGAGGAGGCUGUGUAUCAAGUUCAUCCCACGGGACUCCACAGAGGCAGCCAUCUGUGACAUCAGAAUCCUGGGCAGGUCCAAGCAGGCCCCACCGCAGUACACCUUCAUAGGAGAGCUCAACAACAUGGGGAUCUGGUAUCGCAUGGGUAAGGUCCCGCGUGCCCAGGAAUCUUCGCCAACUCCAACCACCAAUAACAUCCAGAACAUCAACUCGACGGCCAACACCACACCAACCCCAGCAGCCCCCCUGCCCAAACAUAUAUCCAUGACGCUGCCCGCCAGUUUCAAAAGGCAAACCACUACUAGACCAGAUUUUGAACACCAGAGCUCCAACCUGUACGCCAUAUCAGCAAUGGAUGGAGUGCCUUUCAUGAUCUCUGAGAAGUUUGCCUGCGCUUCCGAUGAUCUGCAGCAGGUGGAUCUGAUGGGCAUCACAAUCAAGUCGCUGACGGAGAUUGAGAAAGAGUACGAGUAUAGUUUCCGCACAGAGCACAGCGCAGCAGCGAGGCUGCCCCCCAGUCCCACACGGAUCUCCCUGGGCUCUGAGGCCUGAGCCCCCCCCCCCCCCCCCCCAGUCCCACACAGAUCUGAGCCUCCCCCCUCCUCCCCUACAGAGAGACCUGAGCCUUCUCCCCUACAGAGAGACCUGAGCCUUCUCUCCUACAGAGAGACCUGAGCCUUCUCCCCUACAGAGAGACCUGAGCCUUCUCCCCUACAGAGAGACCUGAGCCUUCUCCCCUACAGAGAGGUCUGAGCCUCCUCCUCCUCCCCUACAGAGAGGUCUGAGCCUCCCCCAGUCCUCCAGCAGGAGAGGAGGAGAGACUCACACUACUACUACUACUGAGAAUCAUCCCACACAAACCAAGCCAGAGAGAGAGAGCGACAGAGGAAACUAGGUCUCCCUCACUCCCUUCGGCCUCCCUCCCUGCCACUCCAGCCUCCCUCCACUCCUGCCUGCCU